UGAAACCCAAGGACCCCCUCCCUAGUAGAUGCGAUUGAGAGAGGGGGCCCACCUGUCUGUCAAAGACAGGACGCAGCCGCAGUGCCCCCCUCUCUCUCUCUCUCUCUCUCUCUUCUCUGGCUCCGGCGCCGCCUCCCCUCGUUUUCCGAGAGAGAGAGAGAGAGAGAGGCAGGCGGAAGGGGGGAUGGACGACUACGCGCGGGAGAUGAUGGAGCUCAAGACGCUCGUCACCCGCACCCUCGAGAAGAAGGGCGUCCUCGCCAAGAUCAGGGCUGAGCUAAGAGCAAGUGUGUUCGAGGCCAUAGAAGAGGAGGAUAGGGUAGUGGAGAAUGAUGAUGGUGGGAAUCCCGCUUUGCUUGGUAGCUGCAAUGACCGAGCUAAGCAGCUGCAUGCUUCACCAUCAGGUAGGUUAUUAACAGCACUUGUAAGUGAAUACUUGGAGUGGGCCCAGCUAAGUCACACGAUGAAAGUUUAUCUGCCUGAAUGUAAUCUGCCAAAGGACUUCUGGAAGAAUGAAUUAAAGGAUUUUUCUAACAAAAGCGGAGCUGAAGGGAGCAGGAGUGCUGAAAGUGGUCCCAUGCUUCUAGAUGUUCUUGAAGGAUAUCUCAAAUAUGAGAAUUUGUCUCAAACAAGGAUGGCUGGUACUGGUAGGAGAAUAAUCAAUUCCGAGUCGGAUCCGGCUCUAAAUGCUGAACAUAGGAACACGAGGAGGCCACCGUCGUCUUCUUCAGUUACAGGCUUGCCUCCUAUGGGAAGGCCAAUGCCAUCGUCACAGAUGUCAGACCGAAGAGGGGGGUCUUCGGCUUCCAAUGCAAGGAAGGAUGAAUACAACUGGAGAUAUGAUGCUGAUGAUAUCUCUGAAGAAGUGUUGCGAGCAUCAAGUGCUCUAGAAAACGUCCAGCUAGACCGGAAAGCUCGCAAUCUGACGACUUCUUGGAGGCAUCCAGGCGACGGUGCUGAGUAAAAUCGGAAGGUGGGAUGGGUCCAAUUCACCAUUGCGCUGCUUGGACCCCCUUGGGCCAUUUGUAUCGUUUUGGUUGCUGCGGUGGGAUUGUGCGCUUGCGUAGAAGAAUGCUCAGUGUUGAUCAUGCCUACUGUACUCCUAGCUCAUUUGUUUAUGCACCAUAUAUGGGAUUUGAUUUCUGCUGGACAAUCUUGUUCUUGUGCGUAUAAUUUUAGUUGCGUGUAGUUUCUAACAAAUUUGCUUUUGCUUACAUCGGGAAUUCUUGUUACAACGUGCAUACAAACCUGCCCUGCAGCAGCAGUUCUCUCCAAAUCCAGUUUCCUGCUCCUCUUGUAACUCCUUUGAGCAGCAUUCACUUAUUAGUUGCCAACAACAAUUCCCAGCGGUAUCAUUUGAUAAAACCAAUUUGCACAUAAA